AUGGCCUCUAGCGACCCCUUGUACCUCUUCAAGGAGACUAGAGUAAGUUUUGAGGCACCAUCGAGCGCGCUCAUUGUCGAUGUCAAGCUCCCAUCGGCAUCUUCCCACUCGAGCAGCAAACGGCGAGCGAAGGGGACCGUGGAGGACGAUAAGACGUUUCGAGCCAGGAACUGCGCGACAGCCUCAGCGGUCUACCACCGAAGGUACCACACAACACCCAAGAGCUUCUUGUGGCGAGUUCUGGAGGACGACACGCUGCUCAGCAUCCGCGCCAUUGAUGUGUGCAAGAUGAAGAAGGUCUCCGACGCCAAUCUCGUUCUCAACUUUCGCUUUCCACAGCCUAUCCGGCCGUCCUGUGUCGCACUCGCCGAUCCCCAGGAUCAUGACUUCUUGAGCAUUUUUGUCAUCGACACAGAGAACCACCUAUUCACAAUUACUUUACGACCUGACAACUUCCGCAAACGCUCAGCGACCGAGAAUGCCUUCGCAGACGCGUGCAAGAUCUACAAAUCGAAUGGUCUCAGCUACAAGCUGCCUCAUCGGCUGGUUGCUGUUCACGAUGAUCUUCUCGUUGCGACGGCAUAUGAUGGUGGAAACGUAAAGUUGGAGCGGAAUAAGGGACAUGACGCGUUUCACCAUCCGUGGAAGGAAACAAUCUUCAACGUCAAAGGUUGGGGCCAGGGUCUUCGCAGUUUGAUCCAAGGUGGCCACACUAUCAAGCAUGGCGGGUUGAACAUGGAACUUACCGCUUCAACAUCGGCAAUUGCAACAGAUGUCGGCUUGACUGACGUUUCAUAUUUGUUUACCGUUUGCUUAGACCACCGUCUGCGGGUGUGGAAUCUCAAGAAUGGCCAGAUCUUAGAAGCGCGGGACCUGCUGGACGCCGAACGAAAUCCUCAAGAGACCGGAAAGUGGACGAUCGACCCAUCACAGACGAAUCUGAUCAAAAUAGUCGGCGAGACAGAAGGGAAGCGUCUUUGCGUCACAUACUCACCUAUUGGUGCGGGCGAGUUCAAAUUCUGGAGAUUGGAAGCAGAUGGCAAGGGAGUCACCAUUGAAGAUCAUUUCCCUACUGCCCAACUGAACCCAAUCCCUCCGCCUGGAUCCGAUGUGUGGACAUUGGCGGACUUUGCUGUUGCCCAAGAUUCCGUCCACGGUGCGGAACUCUGGGUCCUAUGGAAGAACAAUGUGACAUACCGAGUACAGCAUCUGUCCUUCCUCCCAGAAGAUAUCGAGGAUGCCUGGCAGGACGGCUGGUCAGGAGUCUACCCCGAUAAGGACACACAAGGUCCGCAAAUAUCGGGGCCUUGCGACCCUACUGACGUCACCGAGAAGUGGUUGCAGGUGAUCCUAUUUCCUGGGAGAUUUACCAAGGCCACACUUGAGACUGCACUGUCAAUCUAUGAGCAGAGUCUUGGGACAACACGAGAUACCUCUUCUAGGAGUAGCAAAGGCAUGGCUGAGUCAAUAUGUUCUGCGCUGACAUCAACUUCGACUCUGGAGCGGAGCGCGUCCAGGGGCAUGGACUAUGAGCAGUUCCGCGUUUCGAGCGAAAUCCAUUGGCGACGCUUCUACCGACUUCUCAACGAGUUGGACAAGCAUCGAGGCGAGGCGCUAGCCCUGGCUUAUGAGCCUGAUUCCCAUGCGCCCUGGGUAGUAUGUGCCGACAGCAUCUCAGCCAUUCGCGACUGCAGCCAACUGGAGCAGAUUUGCCACAAUCCUUCAGCAGAUAGCCCUGAAGGUCUUGAUCAUGUAUCAACGCUCAUAUCUACAGGCUUGAGCUUUGUGGACAUUUUCUCCGACAACAUGAUGCAGAUAAUCAAUUCGGUACUGCGGUCCGAAUUGUUCGAGGACUCGCCGAAAACGGAUGAUGACCGCAUCCUAUUCUUCUCAGACAAAGCUGGAUUUUGGCGGCAAGUUUCCGAUGAAGAUUGCGCACAAGUCACUGAUGCACUCGGCCCGAACUUUAAGCUGGUAACGCUGCCGCUGUAUCAGAAGACACUAGAUCUAAUGAAUGCACCUGCCGAAUCGCUCAAGGAAAGUCACUAUCCUUUGACGGAUUUUGGACGCAAGCUUGCCGUCAAGGCUCUCCAAGGAAUGGCCGAUAUACAGUGGAAUGUCUGCUUGAGCCAACUGGUUCUACUUGUCCACAUGGAAUACGAGUUCGACAAGCCUGAGGACGCUUUACACAUGAGGAUAGAUAUUGGCACGGUCUAUCGCUAUCUCAUAACUUCCCUAAAGAGACUAGAGCUUGUUAAAUGGCUAGCGAAGACUGAGAUGACGGUUCCUCUUUCUAAGGUAGACAGGUCCAACUCCACACUCGGUAGCUCGCCAGUGGCAACGAAGCGCCAAGGAGACGAGUAUCAAGUCAUAACGGCUGUUGAGGGUAUGGUCGGUCAUCUUUUGGGAGUCCCCGAGAUUGACUCUAUUCCUUCUGCGAUCACGGAUAUCGCAAUGGAUCUCUGCGCCCAGGACAGCAACGUUCAACUCCCCCCCCACUUCACCCAAUGUGCCCUCCUCGUUCAGAAUCGACCUGAUCUAGCCGCGGAGCUUGGUCCCUUUUGCGACCAAGACCCCUUCUCGACUUACAUACAAGGACGAGUCCAUCUUGCUCUCAAGGACUUCUCCACUGCCGCUGUGUACUUCAAGAAGGCAGCAUAUGGCCUUAGCAUGCCGAUGAAGCACCCGGAUAGGCAUAGCAGUGGUCUGCUUGAUGACACAGAAUGGAAUCUUUUCAAUGCGGGGAUGCCACAAUACUAUGCCCAUGUUGUGUCUCUGUUCGAGAAGCAGAAGGCUCACUCCCAUGUCGUUGAAUUUGCGCGCUUGGCACUACAGUUCGUCAACACACACACACACGAUGCAGCAUUGCUUCGCACGGAAAUCCAAAGCCGCCUAUUUAGUGCAGCCGUCAACAUCUCCCAUUUCGACCUGGCCCAUUCUACCCUGGUAGCAAUGUCGGACUACGCUUUGCAGCACUCAUCACUGCGCAUGCUCAUCCAGCGCAUGUGCGAUAAUUUGCACAACUCGGAGCUGGUGGAUCUACCGUUCCCCAAUCUUGAGAACGCAGUGGACGAGAUCUUGGCCCAGAAAUGUCAAAUAGCCACCGACGUUGUGACGGGUAUCCCCUACCACCAGAUCCUGUACGCCUGGAGAAUAAAGCGCAACGACUACCGCGGAGCUGCAGCGAUCCUCCUCGAUCGCAUACAAAAACUGCGGCAGGUCGGAGAAGCUGAUCAGCCGACCGGGGAUGACGUCCUGGACACGGCCGUCACGCGGCAGUACCUAAUGCUGAUCAAUGUGCUGAGCUGCGUCGAGACCAAGCAAGCCUGGAUCGCGACGGAACAAUCCGACGCGAACGGUAUCAGCAAGAGGAAGGUGGUCACACUCGCGGACUUGCGGAGGGAGUACCAGGCCGAGUUGGACCGCAUUGCAGCAAUCCAGAACAACCAGUUUGGAUUCUCAGCGGAGGACGAGAUGGACAUGGUCAUUUGA